AUGACUCUAGCAAUGGAGCAGGCCACAGUACAAACAGCCGCUACAGUUAACACACACAAUACAGAGAUUGCUGACAGUAUAACCUGCGGAGUCUGCGACGAGAAAUUCUACCACGUGAGCAACUUCCUCAAACACAAAUCCUCUUGCCAGGGAGAAUCAGAAAAGCCAGAAUCAGAGUCGCCAACAAAAUCGGAGUCUUCGAGCUCGAGUUCCGAAUCUCCCGGCGCCUAUCUCUGCCAAGCGUGCCCGAACCUCGUCUACCCUUCCUCAGAUCUGCUUCGUCUGCAUCUUCUCGACUCUCACCGAGUGUAUCUGCCAGCGGGCGUCGACCUUUCAUCAAUGUUGCAAGAAACGAAAGCGUUUCAGGUUCAUCCCGACACGGCUAAGAAAAUCGCCACCCUCUGCCAGAGCUCCAAGAAAAACACCUUUGACGAGACUGGCUCAGAUGGCAACUCCGAAAUCUCCGAAAGCCCCGACUCCGGCAACGACUCAGAACACAAGAAGGACCUCUCUGGCCAAGACCUGUCAGUCUCUCCUGGCGGGGGCAAGUCGUCUACCGAAGGCACUGAUAGCGGCAACCACGAGCUCCGAUCACCAGAAGUCUCAGCCGAUGUGAUCAAGCCCUCGCUUCCCAACAUGCCUCAGAUCCCCAGCCAGUUGACGCGAAACUUCCUCGAGAACUUGGUCGCCAGCCGUCUUCGGGCCAAUCUGGAGCAGCAGCAGAAAAUCAACAACGAGAACAACAAACCUAGCGGACUUCCACUGCCGAACCCCUUCGCUCAGGCGACGAAUCCGCUCAAUGGCGCUCCUCUGGUGCCCUUCCGCCUUCCAUUCGCCGGUCUUCCACAAGCUGCUUCGGCUGCCGCGCUCAACUUCAACGCCUCGCCAUUCAACCAACAGGCACAAGCUCAGCCUCAGCAGCCACUAAGUGUGAUCGGACAGACCCGCCCUGCUGAUUCCAACACUCUCUACCAGCCCGCCGUCAAGAGACGACGACGCGGAUACGGAUCUGAGGUCGGUACUGAAAAUUUGCGAAUCGAACGAGACGGCGAUGGAUACAUGUGCCCACUCUGCAACUACAAGUCUCGAGUCCGAUCCAACCUUACCAUUCAUCUUCGAACUCACACUGGUUACAAGCCAUACAAGUGCCCAUAUUGCCCAUACUCGUCCUCCCAGUCUGGCCCGCUGAAGAUCCACAUCCGUGGACACACCGGCGAGAAGCCCUACCGAUGCGAAUACUGCUCCUACGCUUCAACCUGCAGAGGAAACCUCAAGGUCCAUCAAGAACGACACCACAAGGAAGAGAUUCUCAAGCACGGCGUCAACGCUGGUAUCCGCGGGCCCGGUCAAGAAAACACUUCGCCCAAGAUGAUUCCCGAUGGACCUCUUGCCGUUAACACUUCUGUCUCAGCUGGCGAAGAAACCAAGACGAGCGCACCAGCUAGCCCCGAGAUGACCAACCAGAGCAAACCGUCCGCUCCUACCUCACUUCCAAACUUCAUGCCGACUUCCAUCCCAAGCUCCACUCCGAUGAUGCCGAACCCUCUGUCGCAGUUCGCCGGUUUCCCACCUGCCAGCUCUGCCGCAUCCUUCAUGUCCCCAUUCAAUCCCUCUGGCCUUCUCAACAUCUUGAGCCAACAACGAGCUGCCGGAGGACACCACUUCCCACUCAACCUUCCCACCCCACCAGCCGCUGGCGAGAGCGAAGGGGCCCAAGUAUCUGAAAUCGAAGAAGACGUUCCCGUCGAGGAGGAAAUGCCCGUCAACGUCGAGCCCACCGCCGCCCCCGUCGCCGCCGACGUCAAAGUGGAGCUCUAG